CCUUGGCAAUAGGAAGAAACUGUUCGAUCGGCUCGGGAUCGCAGGUUGGAGAAAAUCGUCAUUACGCAGGAAUACAAUGUGAUUAUCCGUGGUUUGUUACUUGAUUCAGGAUUUUGAUUUGAAUCUACGGUGGAAAUCAAGUCGCCUUGACAUGAUGUGGUCACUUUGGAUUCGGAGGUUGUUAUGUGAGCCCUGAAUAUUCAAGACGAGAGUUGAAGAACUGGAGAAAAGACGAACGACGAGGACUAUUUUUUUCUGAAAAGAGAUGAGGAGAACACUUAUGUUAUCACAUUUAGCGAACAGUUUUGUUUGGCGGUUGUAUUUCUGCUACUUGCGCUUCAUGUCUGCUGAAGACGAGCGAUUGUCCGUGAUGCCUUCAAUAAACAUUCCAUUGUAAGCGCAUGUUUUAUAGUUGUCGUCCAAGCUUGUUUGUUCUCUACCAGCAAUCUACGGUACGUGUUUGCUUCAUUUUUGAAAGGACAAGGGCACCAAGCCAUAAGGAAAUUGUAAACUUGUACUGGAGCAUAUCAAGUGCACCACGGCAAUGACCAGGGAGCAUGGAGGCAAUCGCCUUCAUUGCCUCCGUGAAGUAUCAGGCCUGGGUGUUUGUAUGACUGAUGACACGACAUCGCUUCUGGGCUCCGAGGUAAUUGUACCACGUACAUUGAAAUACUAGUCAUUUUGGGUGCCGGGUUACAAACAUCGACACUGCAUUCCAGGUCAUCAACACAUUCUAUCAUCCAUAAGCGUGUAAGGAGUAGCAGGAACUCCUCUUUCCAAAGAGACAAAGGAAUAAAACAUCCUCCAUUGAUGGCUCUGUCUUCAAGUUAAGCGACGCUGAACUGUCAGUUUGUCUACAUAAACUUCAUGUAUGGUGGUAUUAAAUCCUUCAAAAAAUUGACACUGUCACUCUCUAUGCAUGUAAGGAGUCACCAGAAGUUCUCUUUCAAAGGGACGACGGAAUACACAUUUUCCAUGGCUCUGUCUUUAAGUUAGGCGACACUGAACUGUCGGUUUGUCUACAUGAACUUCAUGUUCAGGGUGUAUGAUGGUAUUAAAUCAUUAAACAAAAUUGACGUUGUCACUCUUUAACCUCGGAAGGAAACAAUCUGUAAUUUGGAUCAUGCCAUGUUGGCAGGAACACAAUUGACUGUCUCCUAAGCUUUAAGCAGCCAACUAUGACAGGAACGGGUACGUGUGUCAAUUGGAAAUCAUUUUAAGUUGUCACCUCGGAGUACUGAUUUGGAUUAUAUACUGGGAGCAGAAUGGUGGAUUUGGCGGCUGUGUUGGCGAGACGGCGCUGGACGUGGUCAAGCAAUCUCUACGAAGGAUAUCUUUAUAGUGCCAAUUCCCCCUUAGGAUCAUGCAGAGGGAAAAAGAUCCGCAAGUUCUCGGAGAAUGACGCCGAUAUUCGCUCGAGGGGGCUUCAUUCGGUGGAUGAGGAGAGUGGACUCCUGUUCUCAAAGGUACCUCUGACACCAUUAGAGAAUAAUGGGGAGCCAAAUAUUAGGAGACGAGCUAGUCUCCGUAUCAAGAAGAUGUCGUCAUCUUCUUUCCAUGAUGGUUCGAGUCGUUUCCCCAAGCUUAACGACUGUGCUCACUUUCAUUACGACAAUGUGGAGCUCGGACGUAUCACAUUAUCUAUGCACGAAGACGCGGAUCAAGAAGAAGCAAUACUCCUAGCCUAUCAGAACGGUACCUGUGACAUCACUGAUAACCCCUUCACCAUCAAAGUCUACAGCAAUGGUAAAGUGUGGCUGGUUAAACGCUGCUAUGAAGACUUCCGGGUACUAGACAAGCAGCUGCAUAGCUGUAUCUACGAUCGACGGUUUAGUCAACUGGUGGAGCUGCCUAAAGGAGAAGCAAUGAUUGGAAAUCGAGAGGGUGUACGAGCGAUGCUCGGCCGCUACCUUGGCAGGUUCUCCCAGAUAGCUGGUGACAUGAUCAAUUGCGGUCCUGUGUUAAACUGGAUGGAGCUUGACAAUCAUGGCCAUCAACUUAAGCUCGAUAACCAUGGCAACCAUGUUGUUGCCAGUGAGGAAUCCGCAAUCAACAUUCCAGCAGUCGCCGCUGCCCAUGUGACUAAACGCUACAUGGCACAGGCUCCUGAUGAAAUAUCACUUGAGGUUGGUGACAUGAUCUCUGUGAUCGAUAUGCCGCCCCCAGAGGACACUUCCUGGUGGAGGGGGAAGAAUGGUUUUGAGGUCGGUUUCUUCCCUCGGCAGUGCGUGGAGAUAAUCAGCGAUAAAUUACUGCCCUCUGUUGCCAACAUGAUGCCAAGGUCUCCCAAACCAGAAAGCCAAGUUCUUAACAAGCAUGGCAAGUUGAUAACAUUUCUACGCUCAUUUAUCUUAGCGAGGCCAACAAGGCGCGGGUUGAAGCAGAGAGGGAUUCUAAGGGAACGUGUCUUCGGUUGCGAUCUUGGAGAGCAUCUUCUGAACUGUGGAACAGAUGUUCCUAGUAUCAUCCAAGCUUGCACAGAGUUCAUCGAAUCCAACGGUGUCGUUGACGGAAUCUACAGGCUCUCAGGUGUCUCAUCCACCGUCCAAUGGCUCAGGGAUGAGUUUGAUAGUGAGAAGGUUCCAGACCUAAUGCAGUAUGAUAAGGAUAUCCACUGUGUGUCAUCGGUCUGUAAACUGUACUUCAGAGAACUUCCAAAUCCUCUAUUGACUUAUCAACUCUAUAAGAAGUUUGAGGAGGCAGCAACAUCCAAUGAGGAGAGACGUUUAAUCAAGAUGCACGACACCGUCCAGCAGCUUCCACCUCCCCACUACCGUACUCUGGAAUUCCUCAUCAAACACCUCGCUAAGAUGGCCGCUCAUGGGGACCAGACCGGAAUGAAUACAAAGAACCUAGCCAUAGUAUGGGCACCAAACCUCUUAAGAUCCAAGGACCUGAUCCUAGCCACAGCUGCAGCCUUCAUGGAGAUCAAGAUCCAAGCCACUGUGGUGGAGUAUUUAAUACGCAAAGCUGACGUCAUCUUCAACGAUAAACUCUUUCCCGAUGUGCCAGGAAGAUUGAUGGGACAAGAGAUGCAGCGACCCAAGUCUCUAAUCCUCUCAACUCCAACCAAACUACUCUCCCUCGAGGAGGCGAGAGCAAGGACGGCAUCCCAAGGAGCCGAAGCUGUCGAUGAUAAACCAAAGUACAUUGAGGUUGGGGGAGGGCCAGCGGCUCUACCCAAACAAUACCAUACAGUCAUUAACUUCCCUAUGGAAAGGAAAAGAGGUUCCUUCUCGUCCAAGUCUAAGAAGUCUCCCGGCUGGAAAAAUUUCUUCACCCGCUCCGGCUCCAAAGACGGCAAAGGGAAGAAAGAUGGUGAUAAGUCCCACGGCAGGGGAAGUCUGAGAUCCGUGCGUAGCGUCGAGUCCCUGACAUCCAGCAACUCCAGCUAUGAUGGACAGAGAUCGGGAGAUGGCAAUGGUGGUCAUAGAGUAAUAAUGCGGAGGAACUCGGUGGCUUGUGUUGACAGCCUCCAGAGGGCCUCCUCCCAUGACUCCUUCUUCGAGGUGGACGCAGCGACCAUCGCCGCAGCAACAGAGGAUUUCCUCGCCUCGACGUCACAUCUCAAGAAGGAUGAGGAAUCAGAAGAUGAUAUUUUCAUCGUUGAGAUACCGCCGGAGAAGAAGAAAGUGGAGAAGGAUCGGAGGAAGUCGAGUCCCCUCUGGAUCGACCAGAGCAUCAGCAGCUCCGAGUCGAACAUCACCUCUCCAAAAACCCCAACCCCGAGGGAUAUCUCCACCGAAGCCAAAAACAACACGAGCAGCGAUAAUAACCUGCUUGAAAUCAGUGCCAAAGCUCUCAUGACCGACCCCAGCAAGAUGAUCCCAAUCGUCAACGGAGGAGAGAGUCCGUUGAUUGGCGAUAAGAACCAGAACGGGCGAUUGUCACCUCAGGCUCCCGUUAGACGGCGGAGCAAAGCGAUGGGCAUUCCAUCUCGGAGGAAGAUCCAGAGCUCACCUCCGAUGGAGCUUCAACCUCUUGGGAUAUCACCACCUCGAGAUAUGGACAUCACAGAGGAAACUCCGAGCCCUAAGUCCUGGAGGAGAAAGGGCUCGAUGGACAGUCCUGAAGGAUCAAAAGGAAGCUCUGUUUUAGAGAAGCUCACGAGGGCCAUGAAGCCAAAGACUAAAGUGAAACGAGAGUUUAGUCUCGGCGUUGAGAUGGGGAAGCAGGGACGGGGGACCCCGAGUGACGGGAGCCAAGUUGAACUUCGGAGUGUUGUCAAAGUUGAGGAUAGGGACCUGUUGGAUUCUUCGAGUACCCAAGAUGCCAACUCACAGACGGCGGAGGACUCUGAGCAGGAUCAGCUUAACUUGGAAGGCAAGGACCACAGCACGCACGCCAGACCCAGGUCACUCUCUGCCCGGGUCCGCGCAAACACAGACUCAGACCUCUUUGAGGAUUUCUUGUUCACGCCUGAGACAAAGUUUAGUCUGGACACGGUGCUCUCGGAAUAUGACCACAUCAUGGAGAAAUAUAGCAAUCGGGCUCUUACGCCUGAAUUUGACACUAGUACAGAGGAAGGGCUGUCGGGGAAACGGACUUCGUUCCCGCGAGCACCUCUUGAAACGGAAGAGUACCAACCGGUGCCUCAGUUCUUGGAUACGUUGAAUGCCAAUUAUAAUCACUCAUCCGAUGGAGAGGGUGAUGAAAGUACCCCAAAGAAAUCUGAUGUGCCACUAUUUAUUGUCAAAGAAAAUGAUUGUGAAACUCCCCUGGAGUCUACAAUGGAAUCACCCUCACACAAUGAAAGCCUACCUCACAGGAACAAUCCAUUAUCGUCAACAGAGGGGAGGCAAUCCUCAGAUGAAGUGAAAGACGGUGAAUUAGUUGAACGUUGGGAAAAAACUCAGAGCAAAAACUUGGAUGUGAACUUAGAGUUUGAAGUUCUAAGCAGGGAAUCUGACAUCACCGACUUUGAAGACUUGGCGGACGAAUCAGAGAGUGUCGAGAAAUCGAAAUCGCCGGAUGAUAAAUUGGACGACUCUGUUGAGACGUCUUUCGAGGAAGCCUCAGUUGAUCUAGUGGAGAUUGAGAACUCCGAUCAGGCAAUGACGCACACUUCUGUGGAUGAACCAAGCCCGGACACUGAGCAAGAGGAAUACAGUUUGAGCCUCGAGAUCGGAAACCAGUCCACUGAGGAGGACCUCGGAUUACAUGAAAUGAAAUUCCCAGACGAGGAUGAAUUAGACUCGGACAUCCUUGGAGUAAAAAGAAAUCUGGGUGACAUGGCGACAGAAAUCCGCAUCAGUCAACAAACGCUCUCCUCACAGUAUGAUAAUCUGGACGAUAACACGUCACAGAGUUCAUCUGACAGAGGGGUGGAUUUAAAUGUUAGAACAGCCUCCCCACCUGCUUUUGAGGUUGUUGAAUCCCCUUUCUGUACCCCCUCUGACGAGAAUGGUGAGCAUGAUCUAGUGUACAAUCUGGCGAUCGACGAUAUCGUGGAACACGUCAUAGAGUUGUAGUUAUGAUAAUUAGGGUGUGGUGUAGAGGUUUGUUGCUCUUAUUUGGUAAGGUUUAUAAUAUCACCCACU